AUAUGUACACUGACUGAUAUUAUUAGUAUUUGUUUAUGUAUCUAGAACUGGGAGAUACUGAAACCAGGAGCAAUACCUAAUGAGGGACUGUGGCCUAUGGAGAGAGCCAAUCAUGCUAGUGCUAUUAUCAAUGGUGACUCUACCUCACCUACACUAGUAGUGAUUGGUGGACUGGAUAAGAAUAAUGAACUAGUUACUGAAUGUUUGUUAUUUGAUAGUAUCACUACUGGUCAGUACAAUUGUAGGAAGAUUCCUCUACCUGAAUCUGUUACUGGUAGAUAUGCUCACUCACUCGCAGCAGUCACAAUGUCACCACACUGUGUGUGGCUAGUAAUUGUUGGAGGAUUUGAAAGAUUUAGAAUGAAGGAUGUUGGAGGAGGAAAGGAGCAAGCAAUGGCUACAUUUAUCACUGAUACUAAUAGACUAAUAAUGAUAAUUGAAUUAGUAUAUAGUGAAGCUGGUGAGUGGAUAGAUAAUGAGAAACUGAAACUCAAAGUUGCCGAUAAUGAAGUAUUUAUAACUGAAAUAUUGGAAGAGAAGACGCAAAUGAUUACGAAAGACUUAAAGUCAAGGUUGCUGAUAUAG